AUGAUUAACUUCAGCUUACUCGGACUGAAGUUUGAGAAGAAGACUGGCACAGGUGAUAUUUCAAGCAUUUCGGGUUCAGACUCAGACAGUUCAGACAGUAAGGAUGGGGAUCUUGAAGAUGAAGUGGGCCCUGAAGAGACAGACAGUGCUCUGGACACAGAUCAGUCCACACGUCGACUUUCUACCAAAGUAGUCUUUCAAAACAUGCAGGGACAGUACCUGUCAUUGUAUCACUGUGUUCUGCAAAGCAAGAAAGACAAUGAGGAAGACUUGGUUUCCUCUUUACUGAAAAUAUCAAACAAAACUAUUUGGGUAAUUCUGAUGACUGGUGGUGGACACUUUGCUGGAACAGUUAUUAAGGGAAAAGAAAUUCUGCAGCAUAAGACGUUCCAUCGGUACACAGUGAGAGCGAAGCGAGGGACCGCACAGGGACUGAGGGACUCUCAGAACCACAGCCACAGGCCUAAAUCAGCAGGGGCAGCCCUCAGACGUUACAAUGAGGCAGCGCUGCUCAAGGAUAUUCACGAUCUUCUAGAAAGCUGGGCUGAGUAUUUGAAGGAGGCAAGUGCCAUCUUCCUGCGAGCACCAAGUUACAAUAAGACCAUAUUUUUUGGAGGUCGCGGAGCACCACUGGACAACAAAGAUCAGAGAGUCCGUGUACUUCCUUUCGCCACACGUAGAGCAACAUUUAGUGAAAUACAGAGAGUCUUUGAUCUUCUCUCAACUGUACAUGUUUAUCAAAAGGACACUGAAAUCUCCAGUAUUUUCAGUCCUUCGAGAAGAGUGUGGAAGAAGAAAACUCCUAAACCUGUUAGUCAUCCUGUCCCAAACACCAAUGUGCCUGCAGAGGGAGAAGAGGUUAAAGAAGAGAGUUCAGGGGAGGAAGACCCAGGAACGUUAAUGAUGGUGGAGGUGACACUGGGAACUCUGGACCUCAGAGAACAUGAGGUCCAGCUUAAUAAGAAGAGAAGAAGCAAAAGGAAAGAGAAGAGAGAAGACUCAAGCAACCGUGAAAUAACUAAGGAAGAAGCAAAUUAUGAAAUACUGGAAGAAGGUGAACUGGAAUGUGAAGAAGAUGACUCUAAAGAGAUGCAGAGAAAGUCAAAGAGCAGGAGGAAACCCAAAGGCAAAAAACGUCAGCUAGAAGAAGAAGAAUUGAAUGAGUCUUGGGAAUAUAGUUUGAGGGACGCUCUCUACACUGCCUGUAAAACGGGGGACAUCCAAUCAUUACGCACCCUCCUGCAACAACCAGAGGACCAGGGAGAGGAAAAAGGCAAAGGAGAGAGAAACGCCAAAGAGAAUCCUAUCUCAAGGGUUUCAUAUCUUCUCAACAAGCCCAUAGACUCAUCAGGCUUUACUUUACUGCAUGUGGCAUCAGCAGCUGGACAGAGUUCAGUCAUCAGACUGUUAAUGGAUGAAGGGAGUGAUCCAGCUAACAAGGAUAAGAAAGGACAGACUCCAUAUGGAGUUGCUCCGGAAAAAGAUACCCGCAACACAUUCAGAAAAUACAUGGCCGAACACCCUCAGAAGUAUGACUACACUAAAGCACAGGUGCCUGGACCACUGACUGAAGAAAUUGAGUCCAAAAAGGCAGAGAAGAAAAAAGCCCAAAAAGCAGCACGGAAACAGAGAGAGAAAGAGCAAAAAGAAGAGAAACUCAAGAAACAGCAAGAAGAGGAGGAAAAGAGGAGGUUCAUAGCUCUUGGUGACAGAGAGAAGCGAGCUCUGGCUGCAGAGAGGAGAUUGGCUGAACAUAUGGCCACAACUGGAGUAACACUCACCACCAUUAGGAGAUGCUUUCAGUGUGGAGAGUCAUUACUGGGAAAGAUUCCUUUUGAAUAUUUGGACUACUCUUUCUGUACACUUCGCUGUGUCCAAGCCCACCGCAAAGCCAAUGCUGCCGCCCGACCCUGACCUCUGGCAUCCUGCCACACAGUGUUAGAGGAGGGGAGGGUGUACUGCCAUAUUGUGGACAUAUUUCAUCUCGCAUGAUCUGGGAGUUGACUGGAUUUUACAAUAAACAUAUCAUGGAUUUCACAGUUGUCUUUGGAAAUAACAAGACUAUGAAAGAUUACCUAGAAUAGGAGAAGCGA